AUGAGAGAUGGGUCUGAGAGACCUAUUGCUUUUGGUUCACGUUCUCUAUCGGACAGUGAGAAAAAUUACGCGCAGAUUGAGAAGGAGGCGCUUGGAAUCGUGCAUGGUGUGACUAAGUUCCAUAAGUAUUUAUACGGACGGAAAUUUGAACUUUACACUGAUCAUGAGCCACUGACUAAGAUCUUUGGGCCACACACCGGUGUGCCCAUACUUGCCGCGUUGCGCCUACAACGAUGGGCAUUGAUAUUGAUGGCGUAUGAUUACACCAUCCACUACCGCAGAUCCGCCCAGAAUGCAAAUGCGGACAUGUUUUCCAGGUUUCCGGUGGAUAGUGCACGUGUCGCUGUUGAGAGACCGGUAAAUUAUUUCAGUCUGGCCGACGAGCUGCCAGUUGCUGCGAGGGACAUAACGGAAGAAACUCGGAAAGAUCCAGUUAUGUCACGUGUGUUCAUGUACAUUCAGAAUGGCUGGCCAAGAGAGCUACCUGACGGUAGUCUGCAGCCAUAUUGGAACCGCCGUGAGGAACUCUCUGUAGAUCAAGGAUGCAUCUUGUGGGGGUUGCGCGUUGUCAUACCCCCUAAGUAUAGACAGAGAUUGUUGUCAGAGCUACACCAUGAGCACUGGGGUGUGGUUAGGAUGAAGUCUAUGGCGCGUGGUUACUUGUGGUUUCCACUAGGAAUCGAUCAGGACAUUGAGACUUUGGUGAGUGCAUGUGACGCUUGCCUGGCUAUGAAAGAUAAGCCAGCCCCAGCACCACUGAUUCCGUGGCUGUAUCCAACCCGUGUUUGGCAGAGAGUCCAUAUUGACUUUGGAUACUUUGAACGUGUGAAUUACCUCAUGUUGAUUGAUUCAUACAGCAAGUGGGUGGAAAUCGAGUUGAUGAAAACGGACACCACUGCUGAGAAAACUAUUUGUACACUCCGUAGUUGGUUUGCGCGUCCAGGUCUUCCAGGAACUUUGGUUUCAGAUAACGGGCCUCAGUUCACUGCGAGUGAAUUUGCCGAUUUUAUGCGCAGAAACGGAAUUCAGCACAAGUUGGUACCGCCAUAUCAUCCCCAGUCAAACGGCGCAGCUGAGAAUAUCGUGAAAUCAGCUAAGAACGCGUUCAAAAAGCAUUUUCUGGCGAAGAGAAAGGACAUGAGCGACGUCGUACCCCUCAGCAGCGCGUUGAUAACUUCUUGUUAA